CGCGGCGGGCCCCGGGUAUAAAAGGGAGGGGCGGGGGCGGCGCUAGUCCUUUAGUUCCACGGAGGCCUCGUGAGAGAACACCGUAGUCUUUAAACCGCCGCUGCCUUUGCGCGAUCCUUGGGUCACCGCGAUGCCCAGGGAAGACCGAGCCACGUGGAAAUCCAACUAUUUCCUCAAGAUCAUCCAACUCCUGGAUGAUUAUCCAAAAUGCUUCAUUGUGGGAGCGGACAACGUCGGCUCCAAGCAGAUGCAGCAGAUCCGCAUGUCUUUGCGCGGAAAGGCCGUCGUCCUGAUGGGGAAGAACACCAUGAUGCGCAAGGCGAUCCGGGGACAUCUGGAAAACAACCCCGCUCUGGAAAAGCUCCUGUCUCAUAUCCGUGGCAACGUGGGCUUUGUGUUCACCAAGGAGGAUCUGACUGAAAUCAGGGACAUGUUACUGGCCAACAAGGUACCAGCUGCUGCUCGUGCCGGUGCCAUAGCCCCGUGUGAUGUUACCGUGCCAGCUCAAAACACAGGGCUAGGCCCUGAGAAGACCUCCUUUUUCCAGGCUUUGGGCAUUACCACCAAGAUCUCCAGGGGCACCAUUGAAAUCCUGAGCGAUGUGCAGCUGAUCAAGACCGGAGACAAAGUGGGUGCCAGCGAAGCCACCUUGCUGAACAUGCUGAACAUCUCCCCCUUCUCCUUCGGGCUCAUCAUCCAGCAGGUCUUCGAUAAUGGCAGCAUUUACAAUCCUGAAGUUCUGGACAUCACCGAGGAGACCCUGCACAGGCGCUUCCUGGAGGGUGUCCGUAAUGUUGCCAGCGUUUGCCUGCAAAUUGGCUACCCGACUGUUGCCUCUGUGCCCCACACCAUCAUCAAUGGGUACAAGCGAGUCCUGGCUGUGGCUGUGGAGACUGACUACUCUUUCCCACUGGCUGAAAAGGUGAAGGCCUUCCUGGCUGAUCCUUCAGCUUUUGUGGCUGCUGCCCCCGUGGCAGCUGUAGCUGCUGCUUCCACCGCUGCAGCCCCAGCCAAGGAGGAAGCCAAGGAAGAAUCGGAGGAGUCCGAUGAAGACAUGGGCUUCGGUCUCUUUGACUAACUGCUGGUUGUGUCAUCCUCCAGUCUGAGUAAAAAGAAAUAAAAACAUACAUUUAAUUACUUCUGUA